AUGUCUGACCAACAUAUAUACUUUGAGCAACUUCUAAGGAAGUGCCUUGAAGGGUCUCAGUUGGAGGCUGAGCAAACAUUGGCAGAGAUAGCAUCACCUACCUUACAAUACACUCUUCUUCAAAACAAGAUAUCAGUGAUCAACUUGUUACCAUUGAUCGCCGAUGUUGCAGCACAUGUACUACCACGAAUACUCCAUCGACAAGACACAUCAAUCAUGCAACUUGACAAUGACAACAUCUUGAAUAAUCACCUGAUCAAUAAUGUUAUAAUCAUAGCAUUCAGAGCCGUUAAGUUCUCUUUUGGAGUCGAGGAAACAAUGGCUACAUUUGGAUACCUCUCUGUGGACAUGUGGUCUGAACGGCCUGGCGUCAAACUAACACGAUACGACAUAGUGACAUCAUUGCUUACAAUAUGUAUCCAUUUCCCAAUGAUAGAGAUCAUGCAACAACUACUUGAACCAAUCUUUGUCAAGUCACUCCAACAUGAGAUUGCCCAAUCAUCAUCAUCAUCACCACAACUUUGGUAUAGGCUUGAAAGCCUGUAUCAUGAGUGCAUCAAGACAUAUUUGCCAAGUCUACAUAUUGCCCGACGUCCAGAACUCAGAGUAGCAUUAGGCAAACAACGUACAGAUGAGGCACUCAUUCAAUGGCUCCUCUCAGAACAGUCCAUCCACGGCACUAUUGGCGAGCCAUUCAUGACAUGGAUGUCAAAGUUACACUACCUGGUCAUCAUCCCAGAUAUCUCUUUGAUCACCUAUCACAGGCAAUAUAUCUUUGAGUAA